ACGAGAGCAAACCACCCCUUCAAGGGUUGUCUGGCUUGUAUCUGUGCAGUACAAAGAGCCGUUCGUAUCAGGAUCGUUACCAGGCGUCACCAUGGCAGCAGCCGAAGUGGAGCACCAGCUAGCACCGUUGGCGACGGAUACGAAGAUAGUGAAGGCAAAACCUGCCCGCAAGGUGUUUAAGGGAGCAUCGCGGGUUAUCAACAAAAUUCCCGUCACUCUGCUGAAGGAUGCCGAGCUAAACGAAGCAAUUGCGGCUUUGCCAGCGAACUACAAUUUCGAGAUCCAUAAAACCGUCUGGCGCGUACGGGAAACGAAGGCGAAGCGGGUCGCGCUCCAGAUGCCGGAGGGCUUGCUGAUGUAUUCGCUCGUCAUCAGCGACAUUAUCGAGCGGUUCACGGAGGCGGACACGAUCGUCAUGGGGGACGUAACCUACGGAGCUUGCUGCGUGGACGAUUUCACAGCCAAAGCGCUCGGGGCGGACCUGCUGGUGCACUAUGGCCACAGCUGCCUAAUUCCGAUCGACCAAACCACGGGCAUCAAGGUGCUGUAUGUGUUCGUAGACAUCAAGAUCGACACGUUGCACUUUGUGCAGAGCGUUAAGCUGAAUUUCCCACGCGAGCGUAAGCUGGCGUUUGUGAGCACGAUACAGUUCGUGGCGACGCUACAUGCGGCCGCAAAGGAGCUACGGGAGGCUAACUACGAUGUCGAGAUUCCACAGUCGAAACCGCUCAGCCCAGGUGAGAUACUGGGCUGCACGGCGCCACGUUUGGCGGGAGAAGGUGAUAAUGGCCGCACGCUUAUAUACCUCGGCGACGGGCGAUUCCAUCUUGAAGCAGCCAUGAUAUCGAACCCGGCACUAGAAGCGUACAAGUACGAUCCAUACGAGAAAAAGUUCACACGCGAGCUGUACGAUCACGACACAAUGCGACGCAACCGGAAGCAGGCGAUCGACAGCAGUCGGAACGCGAAACGCUUUGGCCUCAUACUGGGCACGCUCGGGCGUCAGGGCUCCACCAAGGUGCUGGAGCAUCUCCAAAAACGACUGAAGUAUCACGGCCGGGAAUCGAUAAUCAUUCUGCUAUCGGAGAUCUUUCCCUCCAAACUCGCCCACAUGGACACCAUCGAUGCCUUCGUACAGGUGGCGUGUCCCAGGCUCUCUAUCGAUUGGGGAACGGCAUUCCCGAAGCCGUUGCUAACGCCCUAUGAGCUGUCAGUCGUGCUGGGAGACGCCGAGUGGAAAAUACCAGAAUGUACCGCAACACCGGAGCAAGAACCUAAAUCCCCUCCCAGUCUGGAAGUGGUGUAUCCGAUGGAUUUCUACGCUAAUGCCAGCCUCGGCGAAUGGACGCCUAACUUCAAGAAGCUAGAUAUCUGCGAAAACUCGAACGGAGGAUGCUGUGGGCGGUGCAAGGAAGAAAAGGAUAAAGUGGAUGGCAAGUCUGCUCCGAACGAGGGCCAACCGAAUGGAAAACUGCUGGACGAUGGAGAAGAAUGAAACUUGUUGAACGAUACGCACCAAAUGCGAAACACAUAAAAUAUGAGUUUCGAAGUCUUAAAUAAUACAGAAACUGCCCCAACCAUACUACACGUAAGCUCGUGUACAAUUAAGAAUGUGUAAAUAAAGGUCAUAUUUAAC